CAUAACUUCUGUCUUCUUCCUAUACUUCUGCUACUGCUGGCUCACUACCACACUCCGCUCGCCGCUGCCGUGUACAGACAGUCAGCCGCUUAGUAGCGGCCGGGCUGGCCACCCAUGCCGGGCUGGCCCAUGCCGCCGCCCAUGCCGGGCUGGCCCAUGCCGCCGCCCAUACCGGGCUGGCCCAUGCCACCACCCAUGCCGCCGGCCUGCAUGCGGUACUGCUUCUUGGCGGCCUUGCGCUGGCGCAUGGCGUCGUUGUCAUCCUCGUCCGACGACGACGACGAGGUGUGGCGACCCUCGGCGCGGACACGGCCAGUGCAGCCGGGGCACUUGCACUUGUUGGUCUUGCAGGGGCAGCCGCCGGCCUGGGCACGGCACUGGCACUGGGCGGUGCCGCGGGUACCCUCGGGGCACUUGCAGCCGCUGCGUGUGAGCUGGAGUCUCGGGCAUGGCGGGAGAGCUAUUGAAAAGUGGGGGUGUACUCACGAAACGAGCUUCUUGAUGGCCUCCAUUAUUGAUUGGUGAUGUUUGGGUGGUUCGGUUGAGUUUCGUACAAGUUCGUGAAAGUAGAGAUGAGAGCGGAUGGAGAUGCAACGAUCACGCGCCGCGGCUUAUAUGCGAUGUCGGUGAGCGAGAAGCGCCG